CAGUAAUGAACCAUAUGUUCACAAGUUAUGAAUCUUACCUAUGUAAGUUAGCGAAAACUGUUUUGAUUCAGAUCCAAAAGUAUGAAUAUUUAUUAAAUAUUUACAACAAGCAAUAUUUGACAGAUAAGGUUAUAACCCCCUUUUUUUAAGAUGUCACUUAAAAAAGUAUGUUUGUAACUUUUCCACCCCUGUGGCCUUGCAUACAAAAAUGUCUCCUAAACAGCAUCUCAUAUUCAGUACAUGCUUAAGUAUCUGUAAUUCAAAUAUGAAUACAUCUGACGUGUUUUAUUAUGUACCUGUGUUUGUAUGUGAAUUCCUAUGCACUUUUGUGUUUUCAGACAUCAGCGUGUGGUAAAGACUUUUAAUUUGGUCUGACAAUGUCACGUCAUAAUGCUGGGUAGCGCUCCUGUGUUUGUUGUGUUCUGACUGAAGAAAGUGUCCAAUAAAAAAAACUCCCUGGUGAAGCAGAUGAGAUCCACGUGACACACUAUUAUAAAGAUGGAGUUUAUUAAAGAGGAGAGUGAAGAUGUGAAGAUUGAAGAAGCAUUCAGAGCCAAACAAGAAGAUACUGAGGAACAAACAGACAUGAUGGCCCUUAAAGAGGAGAGUCAACAACUGAAUGAAAUGGAAGAGAAAUCUCAGAUUGAGAAACCUUUUUUAAUAACUGUAGAAAAAUCCACACGGACUAAAAAGAGUUCUUCACGAAGAAAAGCGAAAAAGACCAAAGCUAAGAGUUAUUUCAGUUGCCAACAGUGUGGAAAAAGCUUCAAUCAAAAACAAAACCUUACGAUCCACAUGAGAGUUCACACUGGAGAGAAGCCUUACAGCUGCCAGCAGUGUGGGAAGUGUUUCAGUCAGAAACAAAACCUUACAGUCCAUAUGAGACUCCAUACCGGAGAGAACUCGUUCAUCUGCAAACAGUGUGGAAAACGUUUCACUAAAAGACAAAACCUUGAUAUCCACAUGAGAAUUCACACUGGAGAGAGCUCGUUCACCUGCCAACAGUGUGGGAGCAGUUUCACUCAAAAAGGAAACCUUAAAGUCCACAUGAGGGUUCACACCGGAGAGAAACCUUACACCUGCUCUCAGUGUGGACAGAGAUUUUCACAUAAAAACACUCUUAAUUCCCACACGAGAAUUCACACGGGAGAGAAGCUGUUCACCUGUGAUCAGUGUGAAAAGAGCUUCACAACAGAACUGAACCUUAGAUAUCACAAGAACGUUCACACUGGAGAGAAGCCGUUUGUAUGUGGCCAGUGUGGAAAGCAUUUCAGACGGAAAGUAACCCUUAAUUACCACUCAAGGAUUCACUCAGGAGAAAACUGUUUUAAAUGCAAGCAGUGUGGAAAGCGUUUUUGUUAUAAAAAAAGCCUCAGCACUCACAUGAGUCUUCACACUGGAGAGAAGCCUUACACCUGCAAACGGUGUGGGAAGAGCUUCUCGCUUAAAGGAAAUCUUAAGACUCACAUGAGACUUCACACCGGAGAGAAGCCCUUUUCGUGUAUGCAGUGUGACGGGAGUUUCACGUAUCACAGAGACCUGAAACGUCAUUUGCAAACUCAUUCUGGACAGAAAUUGCAAAGUUCUACAUGUAAAAAGAGGUGUAGAAAAAACAGUAAUUAUGAAAAUCAACAGUGCAUUCAAUCUGGAGGAAGGCCAUUUAAUUGUAAUCAGUGUAACAAAACAUUUAUUUUGCCAUUGCACUUAAAGAUACACAUGAAAAAUCAUGAAAACGUGAAGUCCUAUGUAUGUGCUUUGUGUGGAAAGAGUUUUAAGUGGUUCGGCAAGUUAAAAUUGCACCAGAAAAUACAGAUCUGUGUCAAAUUAAGGACACGUUCUCACCACAGCUGAAUGUCUCAAACGUGAUUUGUCCACAUUUUAUGGUCGCUUCGUUUAUUUGCAUUCUUAACUUUUUUUAAACUUUGCUCUUUUUUUUUUUUGCACAUGAACACCUGACCAUAUAUUUAUGGUUUUAAAUUUUGAGGGGUUGUGUUAGACACCCUCCCGUUUAUAUUGUUAUAGAGGCGUCAUUACAUAAAUUGAUAAACUGAUGUUUCACUAAUGUAAAUGAGAGAUAAAUAAAAUGACAAACUGAGUGAAA